AAACGAUGCGGGAGCGCGGCCGGCGCUGACCCUUGGGGCAGCUGUGGGAGCUAUCGGCCCGAGCCAGGACUGAGUCCGCCGCAUAUGAGGAGGCGGCAGUGAGGCGCUGUGGUGUCCUGCUUGCCCUGGCAGCCUUUAUCCCUUCCUCCAUCCAUCCCACUCCAUCCUGCAUCUGCCGAACAAGCGUUUCCCUGCCUGCCCAUCCAUCCGUCCGUCCAUCUAUCCUGCCCCGUCCUGCAGCCCUACCGAGUAGGUGCUUCCGGCCUGGCAAGCACCGUGCCCUCAGCUGGCGUGUGGGUGAGGAAUGAUAAGGAUAUUCCACUGUAUAUGUUCGCUAUAAAUAUUUGUAUACCUGUUAACUAUAAUAUUGACGCUAUAUGCGUGUAAAUAUUCCCACAUUGCAGUAGGUUGCCCAGGGAUGUGGUGGAGUUGCUGUCCCUGGAGGUAAUUAAGAGGCGUCUGGAUCUGGGCCUAGGUGAUGAGGAAGUGUUUUCUUCACACAUCAUUUUAAAUAUAUAUUUCCCUUUCCACUUCUAGGCUCAGGGAAGAUAUUUGUUAUGGUGGAAUCAGCUGAUAGUGAGGAGCUGCUGAAUUUAUUCCCUUUCACCUUCCAUUGGACUUUGCUUUGAUCUAUGUAAGAAAUAGUUAGAUUGCAGUAACAGAAAAGAUCACAUUUCUUUAGUUUGGUAUUGUUAACAUAUAAUAUGACAAAGACUGUUGUUCAAAAAAUGAGCCAAUAAAUACAAUUCUAUGUUAAUUUCACUGAUGAUCUAUUUAAAAUCGAUCCCCUUUCUCUAAAUCAAGCCACAUUUUUACUUCCUCCUAGGAGAUCCUCUAAGUGUUAUGGUGGCUGCCUUUCUAAGGGACACAAUAUAAUGUGUUCAGGCUUUUUUGUUAAAUAAUCUUUGAAGAGAUCAAAAAUGAUAAUGGCCACUUGGUGAAUGACUGGUCUACGUUAGAGCAUUCCUCUUACAGGAAAUGCAUGAUUUGGUUAAAAUUCACUUGGAUUCAUUUAGAAGCCUGGUGGGCUGUGCCCUUGGGAAUUGGUUGUGAGUUUGUGUUUGUUCAUUUUGCAGAAGAGGAAAAGCAGUUGUCAUCUAGUGGGGCUUCUUUAUGUAAACAAAUUAAAUUAACCAGUACUUAACCUGUUACGUUAAGAGCUCUGGUAACGAAGAAUCUCCUGUAGUAAAUUUAAGUUGAGAAGGUUUACUUACAUAAUAGAUUUUAAAAUGUAUUUAUUUCAUUUUCUUUUCAGUGACAGUUGCUUUGUUAAAUAAGACCUAAAGAUAAAGUUCUUUAAUCUCCAAAGAUGACAGCUGUUGCAGUGCUAGAGGAGGUGCUGGUGUCAAUUGAGAAUGAGCUGCAAGCAGUGGAGAUGCAGAUACAGGAACUUGUGGAUAAGCAGCAGGAACUCCUUCAAAAGAAGAUGAGAGUAAAGAAUCUGAUAAAACAGUCCUCAGGAGACUUGGAGGCAGGUGGAAGUAAAGACACUGAAACCUCAGCUGAGGAAUGGAACAAAACAGAUUUUCCAUGGUAUGAGAAGCUAAAAACUGCACUGCAGAGCACAUUUAAACUCCAGAAGUUUAGAUCACUGCAACUUGAGACAGUAAAUGCUACAAUGGCAGGAAAGGAUAUAUUUCUUGUCAUGCCUACAGGUGGUGGGAAGAGCCUUUGUUACCAGUUACCAGCUGUCUGUUCUGAUGGUUUCACACUGGUGAUAUGUCCUUUGAUAUCUCUCAUGGAAGAUCAGAUCAUGGUUUUGGAACAGCUUGGUAUCUCUGCAGCUUUAUUAAAUGCCUCAAGCAGCAAGGAACAUGUGAAGUGGGUCCACAUGGAAAUGCUGAAGAGGAAUUCACAGCUGAAGCUCAUUUAUGUGACCCCUGAGAAGAUUGCAAAGAGCAAAAUGUUCAUUUCCAAGUUGGAGAAGGCUUACCAGGCUGGGUGCCUGGCUCGGAUUGCUGUGGAUGAGGUGCAUUGCUGCAGUCAGUGGGGCCACGACUUCAGGCCUGACUACAAGUCUCUUGGUAUCCUGAAAAGACAGUUUCCCAAUACUCCCUUGAUUGGAUUGACAGCAACAGCUACCAGUCAUGUUUUAAAGGAUGCUCAGAACAUUUUGAAUAUUCAGAAGUGCAUUACCUUUACUGCUUCCUUCAACCGACCCAACCUUUACUAUGAGGUUCGGCAUAAGCCUUCAAAUAACGAAGAUUUCAUUGAGGACAUAGUUAAGACCAUUAAUGGAAGAUACAAAGGACUGUCAGGAAUUGUUUACUGCUUUUCUCAGAAGGAUUCUGAGCAAGUUACUGUGAGUUUGCAGAAACUGGGAAUCAAAGCAGGGACUUACCAUGCAAACAUGGAUGCUAAAUAUAAAACCAAAGUUCAUAAAGGAUGGGCAACAAAUCAAAUCCAGGUUGUAGUGGCAACUGUUGCUUUUGGCAUGGGAAUUGAUAAACCUGAUGUGAGGUUUGUAAUUCAUCAUUCUAUGAGCAAGUCCAUGGAAAACUACUACCAAGAGAGUGGACGUGCAGGUAGAGAUGACCAAAAAGCUGACUGCAUUCUGUAUUAUGGGUUUGGAGAUAUAUUCAGGAUCAGCUCAAUGGUGGUGAUGGAAAAUGUUGGCCAAGAGAAGCUGUAUGAUAUGGUAUCUUAUUGCCAAAAUAUGAGCAAGUGUCGCCGAGUACUCAUAGCUCACCACUUCGAUGAAGUGUGGGAUUCUGCAAACUGCAAUAGAAUGUGUGAUAACUGCUGUAGAGAGAAUGCAUGUGAGAAGAUGGAUGUAACAGGAUACUGCAGGGAUCUGAUAAAGAUCCUUGAGCAAGCUGACAGCAUGAGUGAGAAACUCACCCCAUUGAAAUUAAUCGAUGCCUGGUCUGGGAAAGGUGUGUCCAAACUCAGGGUGCCUGAAGUUACUCCACCCAAGCACCCUCGAGAGGAGCUGGAGAGAAUUAUUGCCCAUUUACUGCUGCAGCAGUAUCUGAAGGAGGAUUUCAGCUUCACAGCCUUUGCUACAAUAUCCUACCUGAAGGUGGGACCGAAAGCCCGGCUGCUGAAAAACGAGGGACACGUCGUCACCAUAGAAGGGAUAACAAACAAGAGAAGUGUUUUCAAGGUCAAACCAACACAAUCUUCAAAUUCAAAAGGAAGCAGAGAAAAUGCCCAGACUGGAUCAAAGACUGUCCAAAAUUCAGUGAUGAAAAAAUCACAGGAACAUAAACGGCCCAGCUCUAGUCCUAAUUUAAAAGCAAAGAAGCCUAAGCUUCAGGCAGGUGGAAGUGACCAACCACUAGUUAUUGACUGAGUGUCACAGACUACAUUUAGGAUCUAAUCAUGGUUGCUGCUGCAUGGACAAUGCAGUGUGUAAGUUCAGUUUGUGCUUUAGUAAUGGUAUUUUUAUUUAAUAAACACUGAACAGGGAACAAAUAUCUUUUAAAACUGUCAACUCUAGAAGGCUAGUAGUGAAGGAGAAAGUGUUUUGUAUCAAAAUAUUUGGUGCAUAUCUUAGGAUACAGCAGCGAUUACAAAACCUAUAUAAUGACCAUGUUGCCUUCUUAACUCUUUUGGAAGUGUAGUAUAUAGUAACACUGUGACAGGUUCGUGCAGUCUGGAAAGGACUGCCAGAGAUCCAGAGAUUUCCAGACUUCUUCCAGUGGGAGUCUCCACCCACUGCUCCCAUGAGAGUCCUCUUGAGGUUUCCCUCCUUUGCAGCACAGGACUUGGUGGUCCUUAGCUCUGCAUGAAGACCCUGUCACCUCCUGUUCCUUCUGCCUGCUGUGCAGGUGACUCUUCUCUUCACCAGUGACUUCACUGCAGCCAGGGCACAGCUUCCCCAGAGCAGCUGCUGCCACCAGCUCCAGGGAGUGACAUCACACAGGUGGAGACUGGGAUGCUCCAGCAUCCUUUCUCUAGAGUUCUAGCUGGGUCAAAGCUGCUGCUUUGGCAAGGCUGGUUGUUCCAGCAUGGGCAUUGCCAUCUCUGCAGUUCUGAAUAGGGACAUGUAUCCCUACACCCUCUGUGGCAUGUUUGAGUGAAAUACUAUAUGUAUUUAUAUGUAUGAGUGAAAUAUUACGUGUAUUUAUCCCUGAAAUAUGUCUGUUGCUCUUAAAAUUUUACUUUUCUCAGUUGUUAAUCAAAUAGAAAUUUAUGACUCCUGUGCUUUGUAGAAGUACCUAAAUUUAAGUUUACAAACAAGACAACUUGCCAGCCUAGGAAAGACUCAACAGCUACUGCUGCCUGCAGGCAUUCUCAGGCACAUAUGCUGAGUGCUAGAUUCAGUUUUAUUUUCUUACUUUUAACAUUUUAGCAGCCAAAGAUCAAAAAGGCAAGUUUAGUUUCACUAAUAAACGCAAGUUCUGGGUGGUUGCAUUUUGGUUCUUCUCCCUUACACUUACAUGUAGAACAAAUACAAAACUAAUAUCAUUAAGAACAUGCUCAUCUUUAUUUUUUUGAUAAAUAAAAAUUAUGACAGUGACUAAAGCCUACAGUCUUUCACCCAUCCAUGAAUUAAUUUAAUUAAAAAGUCAUUCUC